UCUCCUUGCCAGCCUUUUAACAAACACUGCAUUUGUGAAAAGGUGCCCAGAAAAACAGAGCUUUGAUUCCAGUGCCUUUUCUCUCUUAUUUUCUGUCCAAUAUUUUUCCUUCUCAGUGGACAGCACUUGUGCCGUUUUCAAGAAGGUGGAAGGCAUUUAUGCUUUGAUGGGUGAAUAAAUUUGAAUGAGUCAGGUCUGUUGCCUAGUGCUGCUGUAUCCUUCAAGGAGCGCUGCGAAUAAAGACAGCGAAAGAGCCGGCCAGUCCCUGCGGGAGGAAGCAUCUACGGCAGGGGCUGCUCAGUCUCUGCUACAUCAGAAUAUGGAUCCUGAAAUAAAAAUGGAAGAACAAGACUCUGUUGACCCUGAGCCAGGAGAGGGAAGAGCACAUUUUCUAAACACUGGAAAGAGCAGGGAAGACCCAAGCCAUAAUGUAAAACAAGAGCCAGAGGAAAGUCCAUCAAAGAAUUGGGAUGCCCAGUUGCAAGACUUUCUGAAGACCCUGCAGGAUCCUCAUGUAAGAAGGGACGUUCCACAGUUCCUUGAGCCAAAGCUGUGGAGUGGUCCUAAAUUGCCUUGGAUGUCCUCCCAAGGAGGGAUGGAUACCAGCAAGUGGUCAAAAGAAAUGUGGAUUUCCCAAAUCCAGACUCAUCUCCUUGGGACAACCCAACAGGAUUGGGAGACCCUUCUGGACGUUGCCCAUGGUGGGAAGGAGAAGGUUGGAGAUCUAGCUGAAGAAGCCAUCAGGGUGGAGACAAGAUGCCAUCGUUUUCGGACCCUGGGCUACCAGGGGGCUAAAGGACCUCGGGAUUUUUGCCAGCAGCUCCAGGAGCUUUGCCGUGAGUGGUUGAAGCCAGAGAAACACACCAAGGAGCAAAUCCUGGACUUAGUGACCUUGGAACAGUUUCUGGCUGCCUUGCCUCUGGGUACGCAGAACUGGCUCAGGAGAAAUGGCCCAGAAACAUGUGCCCAGGCAGUGACCUUGGCAGAAGAGUUCCUCUUGAAGGGGCAAGAGACCCAGGCAUGGGCACAGCAGGUGAGGCUGUUUGCAACUUGGACCAUUGCUGUUCUGGGGUUUAUAACCACACAACAUAAAUUAGAUACUGUGACAGAGAUGUCAGAAAAAGACUUUGGAAAAGCGUCCAAGACAAACCAGCCUCCAUCAGAACCACUGAAGGACCAAGAUGCUGGAAAGGUUAAACCAGAGGGUGAUGGCAGUGGAAACUUGUAUCAACCCAUUCAAGCCUUGUUCUGCGCAACCAUAAAGGUUUUUGGUGCCUGGCAAUUGAUUGAGGUCCACAUUCUAUACUCUUCCUAUAGUUGGGGGCAAAAGGCUGAAUCCUGUGGUGGCAUAUCCAGAAUGGCAGGAAAAAUCAUUGGGCACAAUGAUUACCCAUUUUGGGGGGAUACCAAAUUGCUGGUGGGAGCAGGCAAGCUAUCCAAAGGGAGCAGGUUAACACAAUACAUUCCUGUUGAUGUCCAGUUUCCUUUUUUUCUUUUAGCAGGCGUUGGGUGGCUGAAUGCAAGUGGCGAGCUGAACCUUCUGUCAAAGAGCUCUGAGAAAAUGGAGCCUCUAAGGAUGUUUUUGGAAGCUACCAUAAAGAGUGAUUUGCUGGAUUUCAAAGAGAAUGACGGCACAGCACACACAGCACCGAGGCAGAAUGGAAAUGAUGUAGGGAAGCGGGUGGAUCGGCUACUUCAACCCCAAAGUGUUUGCAAAGGGGUCAAUGAGCCUGCUCUCCAGGAGGACGAGAAUGGGAUAAAUAACAAUGGGAGUUGGGGAGGUGUUGAUCCGAGCUUGCAGAUUACGACAAAUGAAAGCACAGAUGCAGAAGAGAGGCCGUUCAGAUGCUGGCACUGUGGUCAAAGCUUCAGUAACAGUUCAAAUCUGGUGACCCAUGAGAGGAGCCAUGUUGGUGAGAAACUGUAUAAAUGUUCUCACUGUGGAGAAAGUGAGAGGACCCAUACGGGCCAGAAGCCCCACAAAUGUUCCCACUGUGGGAGUACUUUUGGCAGUAACGCUCACGAGAAGAUCCACGUGGGAGAGGGACCUUACGCAUGUUUGGAGUGUGGGAAAAGCUGCAGUCAGAAAUCUGAUCUUCUAAAACACCAGAGAACCCACACGGGCGAGAAACCUUACCAAUGCUCUGUGUGUGGCAAAAACUUCAGAAAUGGGUCAGGUCUCAAAGUACACCAGAGAAUCCACACCGGUGAGAAGCCGUAUAAAUGUUUGUACUGUGGGAAGUGUUUCAGCUGGAGCUCACACUUCAUGUCGCACGAGAGAAUCCACACGGCUGUGUGCUCCUACUGUGGAAAAAGCUUCAGUCAGAAAUCAGAGCUGGUUGAACACGAGAAGACUCACGUAGCCGAAGAUUCGUUGGCCUGCUUCGCCUGUGGGAAAACCUUUGAACUCAGUUCUGAGCUUGUGGCCCACGUGCGGACUCACAAAGAGAAGCCGUUCGAGUGCUCAGCCUGUGGGAAAACCUUUAGGAACAGUUUGCAGCGCAUUGCGCACCAGAAAGUCCAUACAGGCGAGAAGCCGCAUAAAUGUUCCCACUGUGGGAAAAACUUCAGCCAGAGGCAGAGUCUGAUUGUUCAUGAGAGAAUCCAUACUGGAGAAAAGCCACAUAAGUGCUUAGUAUGUGGGAAAAGCUUCCGAAACACCCCUAAUCUUAAAUCGCAUGAAAGAACUCACACAGGAGAGAGACCAUAUAAUUGCUCCCAUUGUGAUAAAAGUUUCAGGUGGAGUUCGCAUCUCAUAUUGCACAAGAGGAUUCACACAGGAGAAAAACCCUACAGGUGUUCCGAGUGCGGAAGAACGUUUGACAGGAGAUCCAACUUGCUGGUGCACUUGAGGAUCCACACAGGGCAGAGGCCAUACAUCUGUUCAGUCUGUGGGAAAAGCUUCAUCUCAAGCUCAGUCCUUUCACGACAUCAGAAAGUCCAUGUGGGGAAAGAUGUCGCAAUGUGCUUAGAAUGCGGGAAAGGUUUCAGGCAGUGCCGGGACCAGACGGAAAAGGUUUCAAAAUGUUCCGAGUGCACCCAGAGGCAUUCCCUGAGUUUGGAUCUUGAACGUGCACCAAUGCAGGUGAAGGAGAAGACAUUUGAGUGCUUACUGUGCAGCAAAACUUUCAGGAACAGCUCGCACCUCAUGACGCAUCAGAGCGUCCACACCAAGGUUCAACCAAGCCAGUGUUUGGACUGUGGGCGAAACAUAAUUAGGAGGCCUAACCUCAUUGCCCCUUUGAGAAACCACUCUGGGGAAACCCCACAGAAAUGCUCAGAAUGUGACAAACAGCUUAACUAGGUCCUGGAGGAACACGUGGACCUCAACUUUUGUCCACUCAUCUCCUGAACGUUGCAUUUUGUUCUUCUGUCAGAGGGCAUCCAUGGUGUUGGUGAAUGAGUAUGUCGAGAUGGCCAUGACUGUGGGAUCAAAGCUCAGCCCCUUUUAUAUAUGUAUGGAUGCGCAUCAAAAAGAGAACUUCAAUCACAUGGUUGCAGCCUCCAUCUUGAUCUUUUUGAAUGCUUCCACAGAUGGUCACUGUCCUCUGUCAAUUGCCACAUGAACAUGUUGCUCUAAAUUAGAAAUUAUUUAUUUCUAAAUUAUAUUCACUUCCUAUAGCCCAAGUGGGGCUUCCCCAGCGCCCCCCCCCAAAAGUCAUGGAAAAUUAGUUUUGAUUGGGACUGAAUAUGUCGGUGGGCAUUAUAUGAACUGUACUUAAUAAAUCUAUUUAAGUUUUAAAAUUAAAUUCAAUUUAGGGGUU